GUCAGAUAGAGCACGCUAGCAAGCAAGGGGAAGCUGAGAAUUCUGUUAUGAAAAGUCGUAUGAAGCACCUGAAACAUCAACAACCACAUUCCGAAUCCGGGAAAUUGGAACGCGGUCAGAGAGGUUUAAUGGAUUCCUCUUCGACAUUUCGUAAUUCCAGCUUCGAUUAAUAUAAUAGUAGAAACUAGAGAGAGAUAUACUUUGCUGCUUCUUUCAGACCCUCUUUUGCAGAGUUUCGGUACAAACGCGGUUCCAAAUUUCAUUUCUUAUUGGUCCUGAAAAGCUUGCAGAGAUGCCAAGACACCCUUUUGAUCUCUCUCUCUUUCUCUCACCCUUUCUUCUGCGUACUUAGUUUACUCCGAAACUCGAAAAUUUGAUUUUUAUUUCUUUUGUUUUAUUUUUUCGAAGCAUUGUUUCCAAAUUGAGCGAGCUUUCUUCAGUUCCAUUCCAUCUGCAAUUGGAUCACCUGAGGAAUUUUCUUUAUUAUAUUAUCGGAAUCGAAAUGGGUGAGCUGUGGAGACUCAAUAAGUUCAGGUCUCGGUUUGUGGUAUUGCUGUUGAUGUGCUUGUUCAAUCACAAUUGGGAGUUAUGUUUGUCUCUUAAUGAGGAGGGGUUGGCACUGUUGAGAUUUCGUGAGGGAGUGGUGACAGAUCCUUUUGGUGCUCUAUCGAAUUGGAAUGAUGAUGAUGGACUCAAUGAUCCCUGCUCCUGGUUCGGAGUAGAGUGCUCCGAAGGAAAAGUUGUGGUUUUGAACUUGAAAGAUCUUUGUCUUGGAGGAACACUAGCCCCUGAACUCGGGAAUCUUAUUCAUGUAAAGUCAAUCAUCUUACGUAAUAAUUCAUUUUACGGUGUCGUUCCUAAAGAAUUUGGAGAACUCAAGGAGCUGGAGAUGUUAGAUUUGGGAUUUAAUAACUUCAGUGGAACAAUUCCAUUUGACAUUGGCAGCAACUUAUCCCUGGGAAUCCUUUUACUCGACAACAACUCUCUAGAAGGCAUUUCUCCUGAGAUUCAUGAGCUUAAUAUACUUUCUGAACUUCAGGUAGAUGAAAGCCAGCUACUUGAUACUGCUCGAGGAACAUCAUGCCGAAGAAGAUCCACUGCACAGAGCUGUGCUGAAUCUGGAAAUGUAGCUAAAAGGAGCCUGCUACAGGUUCCAGGUGCUUCCAACACCUCCCCAACCCACCAACGAAAUUCAUCUCCAUCACAUUCUCCAUCACCUUCCCCAGCGGCAUCACCUAAUAGCAUCUCUCUAACACCCGCAUCCUCACCUGCACCAUCACCAGAUUUAUCUUCCCCUGCUCCAGCAGAUCCACCUGUCUUUGUUCCUGCACCAACACCAUCCCUUUCUUCUCCAGUUCCUCCUCCUUCAGCAAGCCCUGCCCAAUCUCCUCCAGCAAGCAUUGCCCAGCCUCCUCCUCUAAUUUCUGCUGAACCAUCAUCUGAAAGCCCAGCUGCAAGUUCCAAAUCAAAUCACACAAUUGUAAUUUUGGUUGCAUCCAUAGGGACUCCCUUUUUCAUUUUAUUUGUGGCCGCCAUUAUUUUCCUUUGUCGAGACAACAAGGUGGUUACAGUCAAACCUUGGGCCACGGGGUUGAGUGGGCAGCUGCAGAGAGCAUUUGUAACAGGUGUACCAAAACUAAGGCGAUCAGAGCUACAAAAUGCUUGUGAAGAUUUCAGUAAUAUAAUUGGUUCCUCAUCAAAUGGCACAAUAUACAAAGGGACACUGUCGAGUGGUGUUGAAAUAGCUGUGGUAUCUACUACCGUGACGUCUGCCAAAGAAUGGUCAAAGAAUUUUGAAGCCCAGUUCAGGAAGAAGGUAGACACAUUGUCAAAAGUGAAUCACAAGAAUUUUGUGAACCAUAUUGGGUUUUGUGAGGAACAGGAACCUUUCACAAGGAUGAUGGUUUUUGAGUAUGCUCCAAAUGGUACACUCUUUGAGCAUCUACACAUAAAAGAAGCAGAGCACUUGGACUGGGGAGCACGGUUGAGGAUCGCAAUGGGAAUGGCAUACUGCCUGGAGUACAUGCACCAACUGAACCCACCUGUAGUUCAUGAGAAUCUGAAUUCGUCCAUUGUCUACUUAACUGAAGACUAUGCAGCCAAAAUUUCAGAUUUUGGUUUCUGGCAUGAAGUAGUAGCAACUUCCAAGAUGGGAUCUGAUGCCACAGAGCUAUUGGAUACACCACCAUCUAAUCCAGAGAGUAAUGUGUAUAGUUUUGGGGUAGUACUGUUGGAAAUAAUAACAGGUAGGCUCCCUUACUCGGCAGAAAAUGGCAAACUAGUGGGGUGGGCAUCAAUCUAUUUGAGAGGAGAGCAGCCCUGCAAAAACAUGGUAGAUCCGAUGCUGAAAUCUUUCCAAGAAAAUGAACUGGAUAAACUUUGUGCAGUAAUAGCUUCUUGCAUACAUCCUGACCCAAAACAGAGACCUACAAUGAGAGAGGUUACUGCCCAAUUAAGAGAGAUUACAGCACUUGGACCUGAUGGAGCAAUACCAAAACUAUCUCCUCUUUGGUGGGCAGAACUUGAGAUUCUGUCCACAGAGGCAUCCUAAUGGGCGGAGCUGGAGCUUGUAAGUUUUAUUAGUUAAAAAUCACUCCACCCCUGCUUUAUUCUUCUCUCUCUCUCCCCCCCCUCUCUUGUGUGCAGGUAGGUACUGCUUGUUUCUAUUGUUAUGUGUUUUACUGGUAUUUGUAUAUAACAAAGAUAAAGGAGAGGAUAUAUGUAUUUUUUUUGCCACCUUUUUAGCUCUGUUAAAGUCAGUUGAAAUUGUGCAACACCAAAAUAUACUUGUCAAAUUAAUAAAAACAAGAGUUCCCAUUUUUUAGUUC